AUGGCGACCACGGAGCUCGAAAUGGAUGAAGACGUAUGAUGCUUUUGUUUCGUAUGAUUACUUCUUCCGUAUGUUUAUCAAAACUAACGGAAAGAUUUAUUUCUUUUUCUAGUUUGGUAGAAGUCAAAGCUACCGCGUCGCAACAACUCCUCUUAUGGGAGAUGGUUCGAAAGAGAAAGAUGGCGGAAAACCGGCAAAGAAGCCUUCUAAGUCAAAAGCCAAAAAGAAGGAGAAGAAGGAAGACUUGGAAGAUCUCAAAAAGGAGUUAGAAAUUGUAAGGAAACAUAUUCAAUGCAACGAUAUGGUUAUCUUAAGCUGUCAUGCUGAAAUCGUUCUUAUAUUUUGUAGGAUUGGCACACAAUUACUCUCGAAGAUUUGUGUAGCCGCUUGGAAACAAACACACAAACGGUUAGUUCAAAUCUUGUAUAUACUCUUUAUAUAUUUCAGUUAGGUUCAAUCUUUUAUACAGUACGCGGAAGGAAAAGCCGUUACUUUGUCCAAGUCGAUCUGAUUACACAGUGUUUGUAAAGCUAGCAAAUCUACUACUAUUUGCCGGUUACGGAGUGAGCUUAAUUAAAAUGUACAUACGCUUAAUAGCCUCGGAAUAUUGGCUUCUUUCAAACACCUUUAAUAUUUCCUACCUCAUAAGUUGUCGCGCUUGAUGAUUUUGUUGAAGAAGGGUUUUAUUCUACGCCCCUGUAGUACAAUAACUAACCACAGACGAUUUUUGUAGGAAACUCUCGUUUUGCUGACUCUGUUUCUAAUUUGUAAUGUUAUGCUUAAGUCCAGCUCUAAAAGUGGCGAGCUCUUUUGUCGAAAUGCAAAUAUCAAAUAUUUCUUUUGCAUAUUUCUAUAAAUUUUCGUAAAGGCAACUUGACUUUAUUCCAUUGUUGUUAAACCGUAUGUCGUUGCUCAGGCCUUCCUAAAAUGGGCCCAGACGGAAAUCGACUACAACUGUUUAUUCCUGACCUUCCCUCCUACUUGCACGAGCUGGCUCGAUAAAAGAUAUGUUAACUUUGUUUUACAGCGACAUGUUUGUUAUUAAAACCAUACAUUAUUUCUGCCAUAUGAUCUGAUUUUAUAAUGCCAUGCAAACCAGCUGGGAUCUUGGAAGUCUAGUUACUGUCGAUUUCGGGCAUAAAAGCCUUGAUGCUUUUUAUAUUAUAGGCCAGUUAAUUUUCAGGGUAUAUAAUUUGCAAAGAAAUUGCUAGAAUUACUAAGACUCUUUUGGCAGUUCUAAAUGCAAAUUAUAUCUUUUAAACUUACAGUUUUUGUCUGUUGUAUUAUUUUACAGUGUAGGCUUUUGUUGCAUAAACAGGCAUUUUUGCAAAAAUCUUAGAAAUGAAUAUUGAUUUUAUAAUGUCAUCAUGACAAAUCAGCUGGAACAGACAUAAUGGAAUGGUCACUCAAUCGUAACCAAAACAUUUCAUAACUGAAAUCAAAAUUUACCAUCUUUGCUUUAGAAACAUUUCUAUAAUUCUUUAUUUGGAUAUUAUCAAAGUUUUAAGACUUGCCCCUUAGCUUUUUCACUGACAUAUUGUCAACUGCUGCACAUAUACAUGUAGCUAGGUAUUGCUUCUCUUUUUUCAAUUUUUGGGCUGCCUGUGGCAAGCCCAAUCAUAAAUUCAACUCUAUCAGUCAUUAUUAAACCUUACUCAGAAGUACUGAAAAAGUAUGUUAAACAUUGUAGAGCUGCAAUUUUAGAGUGGUUCAAUGGUCAUGUGAUCAGCCACAUUUCGUGUAAUGUAACUUUGCUGCUAAGUUUUCUUUGCUUACAUUGUCCAAGUUUGGGAUGGAGAAAUUAUUUACCUGUAAAAUACAAAUAGUAUCAAAAUAUAUUGGUUUUAUGGCAUUGAUGUUUGCAUUUUGGCUACACCAAGAUUACUUUUCUGAUAAUUUUGUUGCUCAGAUCCCCAGCCUAAUUAAAUCACUGUACAGUGUCCUAUGUGCUGAAACCAUUUUGGUCACCAUGGAAAGAAGAAAAAAAAUUUAGAGGAAAAUUUGGAAAGUCAUAAAUCUGAGUUUUUUUUCCGUGCAGGGUCUAACAAAGGAAAAAGCUGCUGAAGUUUUAGAACGUGAUGGCCCCAAUGCCUUGUCUCCCCCUCCUACUACUCCUGAAUGGGUGAAGUUUGCUAAGCAGUUGUUUGGUGGUUUUGCUCUUCUUCUGUGGUUUGGAUCUAUUCUUUGCUUUAUUGCAUAUGGCAUCCUGGUAGCAACAGAGGAGGAACCAUCAAAAGAUAAUGUAAGUUGUUAUGCAUGAAUUAUAAUCACUCCUGUAGUGGCAGUCACCUCUUGUAACCCUGUUAUCAGAUUCAUUUGACAAUUUUUCUGUUGUUGUUUUAGUUGUACCUUGGAAUUGUGCUUGCAUUGGUGGUUAUCGUGACUGGAAUCUUCUCAUAUUAUCAGGUAUAGAGAUUUUAUUGGCUCAGUAUCCACAUGUUCCUGAAGUUACUUACACUUUGUUGAAGAGUCAUUGAUUGUUUGCAGUUAUCAUGGUUGAUUUGAACCUGCUGCUGGUGCAUCGUGGCAUAGUCUAUAUUAUUUUUUUCUUUAUCACUGAAUAUCAUGAUUUAGCCCAUUUGAUCAAAACUGGAAAAGACACCUCCCUUCUCUGUAGCAAAUUAAUUAAGACAAAGACUUCAUAUAUUUUUUUUAAGGUGAAGGGCUGUCUUAGCUGUAUCAGCCAUGCCAGUUCAACAGCCAAGACAGUCCUUCCUCUUAACAGUAUUUUGUUUUUUUACUCAGACCCUAUAGUAUAACAAAUAUUUGAUUGUCUCUCUUGUCAAAAGCUAAUGAAGCUAGUAAAAAGGCAUUGACUUCUAAAUAUUUAUCUUCUGAGCUGCCUGUACUUUUUCACUGACUUAAAAUCAUCUUUCUUCAUUCUUUCUUCCCUGAUAAUCAUCUUAGGAAGCUAAGAGUUCUCGAAUCAUGGAAAGCUUUAAAAAUUUGGUUCCACAAGAAGCACAUGUGAUGCGAGGUGGUGAAAGGUACACAAUCAAUGCAGAACAGGUUGUAGUUGGUGACAUCAUCUUUGUUAAAGGAGGAGAUCGCAUUCCUGCUGAUAUCAGGGUUAUUGAGGCCAGAGGCUUUAAGGUAAAAUCUGGCAGUAGAUCAUCAAUUUAGAAUCCAUCAUGAAAAGUCAAGGAAAAAUAGUCAUUUAUACAUAACUAUUUCCUAACCCAUAAGUGAAAAACACUACUAUUGUUGUAUUUUAGUGUUUUUAAAUGAUUUUUUAAAGAUUGUUGUAUUUUUAACUUUAAUGUAUUUUUAGUUACUGCAAUUGAGGCUACUUUUAUAUAUUUAAGAAUUUGUUCGUCCUUAGAAUGCGUAUUUUGAGUUAUGGAUGCUUGUGGGAAGUUUGGAGAGCACGAAAGAUGCGUAAGAUUUUGCUGAGUGCAACUCUAGCUUCUUGAGUGCUCUCCAAACUUCCCAAGUGCAUCCAUAACUUGAUAUAUGCACAGCUAAAAGCAUGAGCAAAUUAUUUUUGGUAGUGGAAAGACAUUCUUCUCUAUCAUCAUUUUAUUUUCAAAUAAGACAAUAAGAGUUAGUCUUGCAUUUGUUUCUCUGUGUAGGUUGACAAUUCCUCACUGACUGGUGAAUCUGAACCCCAGAGCAGAGGCCCAGACUGCACCCAUGAAAACCCUUUGGAAACCAGAAAUCUAGCUUUUUUCUCUACAAAUGGAUUAGAAGGAAACUGUGUGGGUGUUGCUGUACAAACUGGUGACAACACUGUAAUGGGUCGUAUAGCUAACCUGGCAAGCGGUCUAGGCAGUGACAAAACUCCUAUUGCUAUUGAGGUUGAGCAUUUCAUCCAUAUUAUUACUGCUGUUGCAGUCUUCCUUGGUGUUUCCUUCUUCAUUAUUGCUCAGAUUCAGAAAUACAAGUUGAUUGAGUCUGUUGUCUUUUUAAUUGGAAUCAUUGUGGCUAAUGUACCUGAGGGACUUCUUGCAACUGUUACGGUAAGUUGAAACAUUACAUACUCUUUACAGUUACGUAUUCUUAUGCAAGUUACAGGUAAAAAGACUUCUGAACUGUCCUUAAAAUAGUUUCCUCUAUGCAAAAUGUUAUUGCUGUGUUGUACCAGUAUAUAAAGAGAAAAAAACGAUCUUAUUUUUUGGAAGUGUAACUAAGAUCAUAUGAACUUUAUAAAAUGACCAUUAAUUGUUUAAACCUUCAGUGGCCUGUAUUUGAACUGACUAUGCAUGAAAGGAUUAAAUGGCUGUACAUGUAAUCAAUGUUGCUUUUUUCCCAUGUGAAAUGAAGGUAUGUUUGACACUCACUGCAAAAAGGAUGGCAUCCAAAAAUUGCUUGGUGAAGAAUCUUGAGGCUGUUGAAACACUUGGAAGUACAUCAACAAUCUGCUCAGAUAAGACUGGAACUUUGACACAAAACAGAAUGACAGUCGGUAUGUGAAGUUUUCAAUUUGGAGAGAGUGACUAGUGAAGGUGCAAUGCCUUUUUUUAUUCUUAAGGCUGUGAUUGCACUUAUUAUUCACAUGAUUUUUAAUAGAUAUUGAUCAGAAUAUAGACUUGCAGACAUGAUGUUUCUGUUGAACUACAUUGCAAUGUAGAGUUUUCUUAGUUUGUAAAUACUCUAGGGCUACAUUUAUGUCAGUUUAUGACUGUGUAAAGUUCAGGCAUUUUGCACACAUCCUACAAUAGACCUUUUUACCAAUACGGCGGCCAUAUUGAAUUAAUUAGAUUUAAGGAGUAUUAUGGGAUGCCCAGGGAGCACGAGCACAAAUAUCUGACAUAUUCGCUCCGUAUUUACGUGCGCUUUUUGGGCCAAUUUUUCUUUUUAAGUUUUCCCAGAGAAAGAUGGGAAAAAAAGAUUGUUGUGCCGUGUUUGAAUGUAAUAAUAAAUUAUGAUCGCCUUUUUCCCGAGAAAUAUACAGUGAACUUCUCUUUUUGCCCAAAACCGCGCAUAAAUACUGAGCGAGUGCCCCUUGGGGAUACAAUAAUACUGCUUAAAUCUAAUCUAUGGCCGCCGUAUUGGUAAAAAGGUCUGUUGACAAGUUUGUUGUUUAAUAAUGGAAAGCUAGAUGUACAAGAUCAGAGCUGUUACAAGUAUGUGAAAAGAUCAUGCACCAUUACUAAAGUGAACAUGAAUUUUGCAGCUCAUAUGUGGUUUGACAACACAACAAUUGAAGCUGAUACCACUGAGGAUCAGUCAGGAGUUUCCUUUAAUAAGGUAGGGAUAACUGUACUCUGCUCUCUUUAUACAUCUCUUAUUGUCAAAACAUGCACUUGACAAGGCCAAAAGAACCACCUUGAUUAGGGGUGGUAGCUUGAAUAUAAAAGACAAACUCAUUUGAUGGGCCUGGUGGCCACAAUGUCGCCCAUCAGGACUAACUAAGGGUCAUAAAGUUUCUAUUGUUCUCUUGUAGACAUCUGCUACAUGGAAAGCACUGGCUCGUAUUGCAGGACUGUGUAAUAGAGCAGUGUUUAAGGCUGAUCAAGAUCACAUUCCUAUUUUAAAAAGGUAAGGCCUGAAGUUAAAAAUGAUUAAUUAGCAAGUAGAAAGUUUGAUUUACACAUAAACAUGUGUAUUUCUUAGGCUCUUGUUAACUGAAAACUGUUUGUUUUUGAAAGAAUAUAUUAUGUUCAUAAGGAGUUUAAAGUGACAUUAGUGAGAAAAAACCUUAUGACCAUUUAACAGGUUUGGAUUAAUAGGGGUAGGGACAGGAUAAACAGUUUUUUGAGGCUGACUUAAUUCGUUUUUUUGCAGAGAUUGUUCUGGAGAUGCUUCUGAGUCAGCCUUAAUGAAGUAUGUGGAGCUGUCAGAGGGAAGUGUGAAAGAUAUGAGGGACAAAAACAAAAAGAUUGCAGAGAUCCCUUUCAAUUCCACAAAUAAGUACCAAGUAUCAGUUCAUGAAAAUGCUGAUCCUGAUGAUAAUCGCUAUAUUCUUGUGAUGAAGGGCGCCCCAGAGAGAAUAUUGGACCGAUGCUCAACAAUCCUGAUGAAUGGUGAAGAACUGGAACUUGAUGAAAAGAUGAAGGAAGCUUUCAAUACUGCUUACCUUGAACUGGGAGGCAUGGGAGAGCGUGUGCUUGGUUUCUGUCAUUUUUUCCUGCCUGAGGAUCAGUUCCCACAGGGUUUUGAGUUUGUUACUGAUGAGGUACAUGUAUUGUUUGUAGUUGUAUGAUAUGCUGCAUUUUGUCAGCUUAAACCAGCAUUCAAACUAUUGUGAUACAAAUUUCCCGUGGUUUUCCAUCCCUAAUUAUUCUAGAAGACAAAGGAAAUUCUUGUUUUACUUGAGAAUGGAUUUUACCUACAACAUAUACAUAGAACUAGUAUACAUGAAUGGAACCAUAGGAAAACUUAAGACAAUGUAUUUUUAGACAUAGUCAUGUUGUAAGUGACAUUUUUCAAGUGCAGGUUAACCAAGGUCCUCCUUAGUGAUUUUUUACAUUAUGUAUAUAUCCUGUUAUACAGUCAAGUGUUCAUGACUCAAACAUUUUUUUCAUAGCCUCCUAAUUUCCCCCUCGAAAACUUGUGCUUUGUUGGUCUAAUGUCCAUGAUUGACCCUCCUCGUGCCGCUGUUCCUGAUGCUGUCAGCAAAUGCCGCAGUGCAGGAAUCAAAGUUAUCAUGGUCACUGGUGAUCACCCAAUCACAGCUAAGGCCAUUGCAAAAGGAGUUGGAAUCAUUUCUGAGGGUAAAAUGAUAGUAGUAAUUGUGUUCACAUGUUCAUUAAAGAGCUGGAGAUCACAGAAAAGAUUUGAGAUUCAUAUAAUCAUAAAAAAACAAGACAUACUAUUUUAAAGCUGUGCAAUCAGUUUGCUCUUAGAACUUUGCAACCCAUCCAGGGGACUAGAGAAUCUUAAUUAAAACUGAGAGUCUGCCAUCAUACCUAAUCGAUAACUAGUAACAACAUACUUACAAGUAUGUUCUUGGAAGUAUGAUUCUUCCUUACCUUUUUAUUGCUGCAUUUGUAAGCAUGAGGGGAUAAUUGAAUGAACAUUUCCCAUAAUCAAUUAUCCAGUCACUUAAAGAUUUUGAUCAAUUCAAACAGAACACUGCUAUUUAAACUCAUUUUUGAGUUAAUGGAACAUUCUUACCACAGUUUUCUAUGUGUUACUGCUAGCAUUUCUUGGGAUGGUGGCAGCUAAUGCUAGGAGUUCACUCUUGUCCUCUCAAGUCUGUUGAUGAUGAUUUAUCAUGGAUUUUCUCAGCUGAAGUAAAGUGAUGAGAACACCAUGCUGCCUUCCUUCUGACAACAGACAGACACUGCUAAUUUAUUGAAUGUUUUUUUUUGUAAUAAAAUAAAGAAAAUGGUAAUUUUUACUAAACAGUUUCUAAUUUGAAGUACAUGGUUAACAUGCAUUAUGGAACUCUUUUAGGAACAGAGACAGUGGAGGACAUUGCUGCCCGCCUUAACAUCCCAGUAAACGAAGUUGAUCCAAGACAAGCUAAAGCCAUUGUUGUUCAUGGUUCACAAUUGAAGGUUAGUUUUAGCAUCCAUUGUAACACACUCUACUUACAAUACAGAGAAACAAAGUUUCAAAUUAUACCUGUACAUAUGUAAAAUGCUAUACUUUUAGUAACAGACUGCACAUAUGUAAUUUUUAUUAAGAAAAAAUAUGUUUCUUGAUGACUUGUAUUUGUGUAACAACCCUACUUCUAAUAUCUACCAAUCAAAUAAGGAAAUAUUUAUGGUUGUUUUCUAAAGGCUAUUUUGUUGUUUGCCUUUUAAAGGUUAUUUUUAGUGUGAUGAGUAUUCUAUUGUAACUUGACUAGGCUGGAAGCCAUAUUUUGCAUUUUAACUUUAAACAACUACAUUUUAGCUCAGGGUUCGUGGGUCCUGGACAAUCUGGAAAGUCAUGGAAAUUUAAAUUUCAAAAUCCAGGCCUGGAAAACCUGGAAAAUAUGUGUUGGUCCUUGAAAUUCAUGGGAUAUUAGACUUUUAUGUGGACAGUGAAUGAUUUUCUUUGAAUUUUCUUUGCUCACAUUUUCAAGUUUUUUGCUAGCCUGCAGUGCAGGCGUAUUUUGGGUAGCCGCCAUCUUUGAUUUUAUGACAGAGGAAGAUUGGGGAGAGUAGAAAUAGUAACCCUUAGGGUAGGUGCGAGGGCAAAAGAAGGAGAGAAGAAAAUGCCUGCACCUGCAGGCUAGAUGAUAUCAUAAAUGAGCUCAAUGGGGCCACAGUAUUUUUGCAUCUCGAUAUGAACCAUGGGUACCACCAACUGGAAUUGAAGGAAAAUAGCCGCGACAUAACUUUUUGUGACACAUAUAGGUCUCUACAGGUACAAGAGACUCAAUUUUGGUACGAGAUCCGCUGGGGAGAUAUUCCAGGAAACCGUCAGCAUAGAAAUCACUCAAGACAUAGUUGGAUGCAUUAAUAUCAGUGACGAUAUCCGUGUAUUCGGCAGGAACCAAAAGGAACAUGAUUAGAAUUUAGAGAAGUUGUUUAAGAGAGCUAGAGGGAAAGAAAUCACCUUCAACAAAGAUAAAUGCGAAUUCAAUAAGGAUAAGUCUCUGUAUUAUGGAAUGGUGUUUUCGAAAGAAGGGGCCUCCCCUGAUGCCAUGAAGGUAGAGGCCAUUAAACAGGCUGAGCCCCCACGCAAUGCGAAAGAACUGAAUUCGUUUCUAUGCACGGUCCAGUACAAUGCAAGGUUCAUGGAGAGUUACACCCCACAAACCGACGUUCUGAGGGCACUGGUUAAAGCCAACGUUUUUAAGUGGGAAGAGAAAUACCAGGAAGCAUUCGAAGCCUUGAAAAAUGCUCUAAUUGCUGAUACAGUCUUCGCGUAUUUUGAUCCUGCCGCUGAUCAUGAAGUACAUGUUGAUGGCUGUCCCCUGGGGAUCUCGGCGACGUUAGUCCAGUGCAGUCCGAAUGAAGAUCAUUGGAGAGUGAUACAGUAUGCAAGUAGAGUGCUGUCAGACGCCGAGCAGAGAUAUUCCCAGAUCAAGCUGGAGACACUGGCCACUGAUUUUGCAUGUAGGAAGUUUUGCGUCUUCCCAUAUGUCAAGCCAUUCAUAGUUGUCACUGAUCACAAGCCCCUGGAGGUUAUUUUUAAUAACCUAAGGCAUGUAACGCCUAUACGGUUGCAGAGAAUGACUGUGCGAAUGCUCCAUUAUGAGUUUAAGGUCAAAUCCAGGGAAGACCAAUAUCUCAAACUAUACAUUGAGGCACCCCCUCCCUCUAAAGCAGAGCGGCAAAAGGGAACUGGGCAUGACUAAAGAUGUCAGGCAUUACGCGAAUUUCAUAAUUGAAAAUGAUAUUCCAGAGGCGAUAAGCAAGGAAGAAAUAAUCGUGUCAACGGGAAAUGACAGGGAAUUGCAGAAAUUGAUUGAGUGUGUCGAAGAGAAGAGUAUAGAUCGUAAAGACACAGACAUGAGAAAGUACUGUAACGUUUUCAACCAACUGGCCGUAGUUGAUGGGCUCUUUUUAGUGGGUGGUGAAUGCAUUGUGGUGCCUCAGACACUCAGGGAAGCCAUGGUUAAGAUUGCCCACAAAGGCCACCAAGGUAUUGUUCGUACAAAGCAGUUACUCCGUGCCCAUGUGUGGUUUCCUGGUAUGGAAACAAUGGUCGAAAAGCAUGUAGGGAAAUGCCUCGCUUGCCCAUCUACCACGCCCUGUCACACCAGAGAGCCGCUACAGAUGACAGACUUGCCAAGGGGUCCGUGGAAAAAAGUCAGUGUAGAUUUUGCAGGGCCAUUACGAAACAAAGACAUGGCUUUGGUCUUUUGGGACCAGUAUGCCAGGUAUCCAGUCGUUGAGUUCACAUCAAGUGAAUGGACUAGUAGGAGGAUUAAUUAACGGAACUAAAGGCGAAUAAUGUAACCGUUUAUUGAGCCCCAUUCGUGACUUUACAGUGCUGUUGUUUCUUACUGUUUUAAAUCAAGUCAAAGCAUACUCAAAAGUAUUGUUUCCAGCUCAUUGUGAUUAAGCUGAAUGAAUAAUGCUUGGGAAGUGUACUUUCAGCAAAAACUGGACUUCUCACGUACGUGGCGUGCAAAGACUGGAUAUUACGAGAUUCAUACUCUCAGUGCAAAGCACGUUGUUGCCUUUGCCAAAAAUCAUUCGACUGCAUACUCAAACAUGGGGGAAUCGGCCCUCAAAAGUCAUUUGAGAGGGAAUAAGAUGCAGUAACCAAUUUAGAUUUAGAUUUAGAUAAUUAGCAGCAUUAAUAGAUUGAGCAGUCGUCUUCAAACACAGCAUCUUUAUCUAGCUCUGACAACCCAAAUCCUUUGAUGUCUCGUGGCUUAGAUUCCAGCCCUUUAGUACAUGGUGCAAGUGCUGAAACAGCAAGCUCAUGUGCUUCUCUUGAAGAAACGUUGGUAACAUCUUAUAUAGCCAGAGGAAGAGGAAACACUUUGCUCUUGCAGAAACAUUGCAGAAAGGCUACAUAGUUUGUUGGUUUGUUUCAGUUUUCCUGGCUAUUCCUGGUCGUGGAUUAUGGUCCUGGAAAGUCCUGGAAUUUUGAUUGAACAGUAGUGUACAAACCCUCUUAGAUAUACAAUGAAGACUUUUUUUUCUUUGUCUGUAGGAAAUGGAUCAAAGUGACAUUGAUGAUAUUCUGCAGCAUCAUACAGAGAUUGUUUUUGCCAGAACCUCUCCACAACAAAAACUGAUCAUCGUAGAGGGCUGUCAACGGCAGGGUUCAAUUGUUGCUGUUACAGGAGAUGGAGUUAAUGACUCACCAGCUUUGAAAAGAGCAGACAUUGGUGUGUAAAUCAAUACUGGCCUUAAUACUGAUAGAUAAUUGUACCAGUAUGUCAUCCAGACUAAACAUUGGGAGGAACAUUUUAACUUAGUAAACAAUCUAAGGGGAUAUAAGAAUAAUUUAUAUUUAUCAGCUAUUUAAUUAUGUGCUUUGAUUACAGGUGUUGCUAUGGGUAUUGCUGGUUCAGAUGUGUCUAAACAGGCUGCAGACAUGAUUCUACUGGAUGAUAACUUUGCUUCUAUUGUUACUGGAGUUGAAGAAGGUACAAAUUUUAUUUCAAGACUGGGUUAUAUAACUUUGGUAAGACAUGGUAUGUUCUCACCAAGAUGUUUCUUUUGUGAUCAGGAUAGUAAUCCCUGAUUGUAGUAUCCUAGUUUGUCCAGUACAUCACACUGUUACAAAUGUGUUAGGUUAUUAGUCUGUUUAUGAUGAUUUAUCAUGGAUUUUCUCAGCUGAAGUAAAGUGAUGAGAAAACCAUGCUGCCUUCCUUCUGAAGACAGACAUCUACUGUCAGCUUGAGGAAUUAUUGCUUUUUUCACCUACUCUUUCAAGCUAAAACGAGAGAAGCAGUACUGAAGUCAAAUUUUUCUCACUUGUUCUCUUACUACUAGAUGUAAAACAAACUAUAUAAUGAGAAGUAUCCUUAUAAUCCUGUUGUAAAGUUGUUAUGAAUAAUGGUGAAAUUUGAGUAGAAUUCAAAAGAACAUGCUGUUUGAGUUGACAAGAUUAUUUCUUUUCUCUUCAGGUCGUCUGAUCUUUGAUAACUUGAAAAAGUCUAUUGCAUACACACUGACCAGUAAUAUCCCAGAAAUCAGCCCAUUCCUCAUGUUUAUCAUCUUGUCAAUUCCUCUUCCUCUUGGUACUGUCACCAUUCUCUGUAUUGACUUGGGUACUGACAUGGUAUGUACAAUAUUGACUUACAUUAUUUUUUAAUAUACAUGUAGAACCUGCAUUGUUGUGGUGAUCCGGUGUUAUUUGUCCUGAGACCGGAAACUAUUUCUAUGGAUUGAGGGACCUGUGGGCACGUACCUGCCAUGGAAAGUUAGCGAGAUAAGCCAUGACAAUAAACCUUAAACAAAUUCUCACCACAGCCACCAAAAACCUGGCCAUGUUCUAUUCUUUUUUCAAGCAUUUUUUCAAACAUUGGGCUAGAUGUUGGACAGUAAACUUAUGCUUUUGAAGUAAAUGGCCAGUUUAAGCCAGAUUCACCUUACCUGGGCCUAGCCUUAGAUCAUGUCCCCUCACCCAUCGUCAUUCACUCACAUCUUCUAGCUAAUUUAUAAAAAGUACACCAGCUGGCCUGUCUUGGUGUAACCAGUUGACUACAACUGUUCUUUUCCUUCAAGGUUCCUGCAAUUUCACUUGCCUAUGAAAAAGCUGAAUCUGACAUCAUGAAGCGACAGCCACGUGAUCCUGUCAAUGACAAACUUGUAAAUGAAAGGUGAGCUCCUUGAUAAUUAUGUUUAUGCAAAAUUUACCAAUUCUAAAUCAGUUACCAAAUCUUGUAUCACUGUAGACAGGCACAUGGGUUGGUGUGUUACAAACAGCUGUAAUAUGCCAUGACACAGAUUGAAGUUAAGUUUAUUUAUUGAUAUUUACAUGAGGCCCUGCCAGGGUAAAUUUUGACAAGCGACAUGGCCCCGAAAGUAGCGACAGCGCGUAAAUGAAAUCGCGACAAGAGACGACCUCCCUCGGCCAAAUUGCGACAGUGACGGCAAAGCCGACAAUAAGCGACAAACAUUUAUAAACACCGAUACGAGACGUUUUAAAAUUCAGACGGGCGACAUGGGGAACCCCCCCCCCUUCCCUGGCAGGGCCUCUUACAUUUGCCGUUAAACUUCAAUUAUUGAACCUUGCUAAACUAAGCCACCAGCUCCUCACUUGUGCUGGUUAGUGCACAAGACUCUUUUGAGGCCUCUGACAAGCACACAGUUAAACAUCAGCCAUUGGCCUCAUAGCCUUCAGUCAUAAGAUGUUUUGUGUUGAUGCUCAGGAACAUCAGUCAAUCAUAUGUAGUACUUUUGACUCCUCUUAGAUGCCUGAAUGCUGCUCUACUUGACUAAAGUAACGUUUAUUAAAUUCCGAUGCAAUCUACAAAACAUCAAUUUUACUAUGAGCUUGUUAUUCACUCUGUUACAUGUACAUUUGUACUAACUUCCUUUUAUGGCCUAUCUUACCAUACUGCCUUCUUUUUUAGACAGAUUAAUAUGAUUUGAUAAUGAGUGUUUCAUUAAUUCCCAGGCUGAUUGCUAUGGCUUAUGGUCAGAUCGGAAUGAUUCAGGUAAAACUGUUGUCUUAUCACUGUUUAACAGGCUAAGUUUAGGGAAACACUAUCUUAUAAGUGGAUAAAUUGUGUAAAUUUAUUUUAUCUUACAGGCCACGGCGGGUUUCUUUACUUACUUUGUUAUCAUGGCAGAAAAUGGCUUCCUACCUUCAAGACUCUUUGGCUUGAGAAAACCGUGGGAUGACAGAUCACAGAACAGUUUAACCGAUUCCUAUGGACAGGAAUGGGUAAGUACCGACGCAAAUGAACUCUUGUGCUGUCCUUUUACCUUUUCAACAAUCCAUUUUGUCAUGGCAAAGAUCUAAAUCUUACGUUUAACCUACAUUGAACAAUAUAUUUUGUUCUUACCGAACUUGAGCUUUAUUAUACAUGCAACAAGUCUUAAAUAACACCCCAAUGAAUGGUGACGAUCCCCGGCCUAUCCAGCUGUGUUUGAAGCCACCUUAAUUUUCCAACUUUUUGGGUUUUCACAAGCACCAUCAUGUUUUUUUUCUGGAUAAAUUCGGUUUGCUGUAUACUCUUAAAAAUGAUGUGUACAGUUGAUAACUCGAACCCUCCAGGGAAAUAAAAAACGUUCGAGUUAUCGGGAGUUCAAAGCUGAAAUAACUGGAAAUAAGGAAAUAAGCAAAUGGAUGGGGAAGGGCAGCAAGAGAUAUAGAUUGAUCUUUUGAAAAAGGAAUUAUGCAGCAAAGCCUGAUUAAUGUACAGCUGGGAUGGACACCGAAUUUAAACUGGAGUGACCAAAAAUUAUUAAAGACAACGAAUUGACUCUGUUGUUGUGAAAUAAAUUCAAUGUUUCAGACUUCAGUACACUGUUUUUUUUCUCGACUUGUCAGACACUUAAAGCAGGGUUGAAGUUAUCAAGGGUAAAUUGCAUAGAAAUGAUCUGAGGGGAAACAAAAAUUACCUUGAGUUAGCGGGAGGUUCGAGUUAUCGAGGGCUGUAGUUACUGAGGGUAAAAUUACGGUGAAUGUAUGAGGGAAAUCCAGGGACAAUCGUCUUUGGAUCGAGUUAGCGAGGGUUCCAAUUAUUGGGAGUCAACUGUAUUUUUUUCUUGCAGACUUAUGAUCAGCGUAAAAUAUUGGAGUUCACUUGUCAUACUGCCUUCUUUGUGAGCAUUGUUGUCGUACAGUGGGCUGAUUUAAUCAUCUGUAAGACUAGGCGCAACUCCCUCUUCACUCAGGGAAUGACGUACGUAUUAACUCAGGCCCGUUAACAGUUUUUUUCGAGAACAAUUUGUCGCUCAUGGACGCCUUAAUAAACAAUAACGGUAUACAAAGAAAACAGUAACUGUUAAUUGAUAUACUAUCAAAAAACUCUUGGUAAUUGUAAAAACACUUGCGUACGACACCAGAGCCACUGAAUUGGAUGUAAGCAACAGCUCAAAAAAACUAGAUUUUUUUCAAUAUUGUGAAGAACAGGCUUUUUUCAGGCCAGCUGCGUGUGAUUUAUUGAUAAUUCCUUGUCCUUUUGUUGCAGUAACUGGUUCUUAAAUUUUGGCCUGGUGUUUGAAACCUGCUUGGCAGCGUUCCUGAGUUACACCCCUGGCAUGUCAAAUGGGCUUCGCAUGUAUCCUCUACAGUAAGUAUUGUGAUCACAAAGAAAUGAAACAAAGUUGUAGCAAUUUUUUUUCUUUACCUUACAAUGUUCCCAGGAGGUGACGCCUAAUUGCUGGGAAAAGCAAGAAAAAAACUGAAACGUCUUUGGAGAGGAUAGUACUUUUUUUUUUUUCAGUUGGACGUGGUGGUUCCCAGCCAUGCCUUUCAGUUUGGCAAUCUGGGUCUAUGAUGAGAUACGUCGUUAUAUUCUGCGUAGAUAUCCAGGAUGUAAGUCUUCUAUUUAUCCUUUUUAAAGCUAAAUGUUACUAACUUUAGGAUAGUUAACCAAGUAAAAGUGUUUGUAUACAGAUUGAGCUCACAAUGAUUUUAUUCGUGAAGUGUGAAGUCUUUGGGAACAUGCGAACUGCCCUUGUCCUGUAGUGCUUAUGCAUAAUACUGUUAGGUGUCUGGUUUGCGAACGACAACAACAACAACUUUAUUAAAAAGCAAAGAAAUACAUUAAACAUACACACUGCCUGCACUUAGCUAAUUCGCGGCAAGCAGCGUGGGUACUCUUUAAGCUGAGGAUAGAAAACGCUUUCCGUGUUUGCAUACCCUGAUAUAAACACGAGAGGGGUUGGGAGAAUUCGAGACAGUUAUGCAAACCCUCGACUUCGUCUCGGGUUUUCAUAACUGUCGAGAAUUCUCCCAACGCCUCGAGUGUUUAUAUCAGGCUAUGCAAACAAAGGUAAAAAGUUUCCUAUUACUUUUAUAAAAUAAAUUUCCCGAGAAAAGCCGCAAAACUGUUUGUAUGGCACUAAUUAAAAGAGAAAUUCUUACCAGUUGCAAAGUCUUGUCCACCAAGUCUUGCACGCGUAAUCAGUUCUUGUUUUGCAAAAAGAUGCUUUCCAAAAUACGGACUUUUCUCGCUUAAAAUGUCAGCUUAAGCGAAAAAACUUGACACACCUUCUUUGUAACGAUUUUCCAAGUUUCAGCCGACGAAGGAAUAGGUAAAUAAAGUAAACUUGUCGAGUUUUUAACUCGAAACAUUAUCAAAUUCGUGCUUGCGUGAUUAGCGCGCGAAAAGCCAAACAACUUGACGCCACAACCAUGUUUACACCUGUUUACAUACUCUCGUGCAAACACUCCUCUCGGCCAAUCAGAGCGCGCGUACUAUCUUAGUUAUUUUAUAAACAAACUUAAAGACAAUCUACGAGGCAAAUAAGAGAGAUCAACUACAUCAAGGAAAAAGAGGCUAAAACGAACAAUAACAUGAAUGAAUAAAUAUGUAAAUAAGUAGAAAUACACUGGAUUAAGGGCGUGUUUACAUGGAGGUGGGGGACCCCAGUUAGGUGAGGUAACCCGCUUAGGUGGGGUAACCCACCUGUCUAUUUAAUCCCUCAUUUUAAUGUGAUCACGUUUACAUGUUAGGUGGGGUAACCCGCCACAUGUUACCUCACCUAUCUGGGGUCCCCCACCUUCAUGUAAACAGACCCUUAGAUUAUCCUUUUUUAAUGUCAUUAAUAAGGGUGUCUAUAUCAGCAUAACUAUCCUGUCUGUGAAAAGUGGUUCCACUGUAUUUGCUUUGGAAAAGCCAUGUUAGCAUAUUCAUCCUAAGCGUUCGAUCAGAUAGUGAGGGCAGCGCAACAAGAUGUAAAUAGCGGGCUAGAAGAGAUGAAUCUUUACUGAAUGUUUUUUUUUUCUUUUUUCAGGCUGGCUGGAUCGAGAAACAUAUUACUAAAUGACAAUCGAUAUCUGUGGCAAACGGAGGCGCGCACAUUAAUGUCCGAGUUGCCACUUGUUUAACUGAUGACAAUUAUUUAGGCUUCGUUUUAAUUGUAAUGAAUAAUUAUUUCUUUACAGUUACAUGGCAGGUUACUUUAACGUCCCCAUUAACAUUCAAGCUAGUUACUACAUGUCUGCUUUUCUGGAUUGCAAUUUAAAAUACUUAUAGGCAAGGGUGUAAUCAUUUGAGGCUUGUUUGUAGUUAUUUAAAAAAAAGUUUGUUGGUUCGUUAGGAUUUGUGUGGAACUCAAAUAACUCGGCGGUGUCACUAGGAAUACUUUUUGAAAUUUAAGUUAAAUUUAAAGUACAUAGGAGAGAUUCGGUAGUAAGAGUUUUCGAUUUUUUUCUGCAGUGACUUUGUUAUCGCAAUGUGAAUAUCACAGCUUGAAUGCUUUCAAAAGAGCACGACCAAAGUACACAGUUCACCAAUUGCUACUGGUGAAUUUUCCUCUGUCAAUUUUCUGCCACAUGUUUUCAAAAGGGAUUAAGUUACAGUUGAAGAAUUUUAACAUGUUUUUAACAGAACAUGUGCAGUCCUCAUUAUUUCUCUGAACAAUGGCCUCCAAGGCUCGGUGCUAUUUUUCACUUGCUAGAGACUUUUGAAGAAGUCUUGUCUUGUAGAACUAUUACCAUGGUGGCUUACAACUGAGUGUUGGCCAGGAACUGGCUUAACUUUCUACUUUUACAACAUGAUG